AUGGAUCCCAACAGCAUUGUGGAAUUGUUAUCCAAAUCACUCGACCCACAAGCGCAUGAGGUUGUGGAGCGUGAACUUCGUACGGUGAAACAGAGUCCUGGCUACCCGAUAUGUUUAAUUCAGAUCACUUGCCAUCCGGAGAUUCAGAUGCCGAUCAAGCAAGCAGCAAUUAUUUAUCUAAAAAAUAUGGUAAUGCGUUCAUGGGAAUUACGCAAAGACCUCGAAGAUAAAUUUGUUAUAAACGAUCAGGAUAAAGAAAGUAUUCGUAAUAACAUUGUAGAAGUUAUCAUCUCGGCACCUGAUCUGCUUAGAGUUCAAUUGAAUGAAAUUUUGUUUACUAUAUUUAAAUGGGACUAUCCUGAACGAUGGCCUGGUAUUGCUGAGAAGCUAGUAGCUUACUUUUCAUCUAAUGAACAAAACAUGUGGUUAGGAUGCUUACACUGUGUGCACCAGUUGGUUAAAAAGUAUGCAUACAAGAAACCUGAAGAACGUGGAGCUUUAAAUAUUGCUCUUGUUCGCUUAUUACCUUUAAUGCGGGAUCGAUGCUUGCUCCUGAUGAACGACGAAUCGUUACCUUCUGUUACUCUACAAACCAUGGUAUUGAAAAUAUUCUAUAGGAUUAUCGAGACUUGGUUACCAUUACAAUUAAUUACGGAAAGAAAUUUUCCUGCUUGGAUGGAAGUUUUUCAGAUCGUGCUAAAUCGUGAUGUUCCUCAAGCGACUUUAGAGCUUGAUGAAUAUGAUAGAGCUAAUUCUAUCUGGUGGAAGUGUAAAAAGUGGUGCAUGAAAAUUGUAGUUCGCAUAUAUGAAAGGUAUGGACAAGCAAGUUUAGUUCAAGAUGACGAAUAUUCGGAAUUUGCUAAAUUUUACUCAAAUAAUUUCGCAGUACCUGUUGUUAAGAUCGUAUUGAUUUGGUUGGAUAAGUGUAGACACAAUGCAUACGUCUCGAAGCCUGUUCUGCAACAGUUGUUGAUGUACUUAAAUUACAGCGUAUCACAUGCAAAGGCCUGGAAAGUUGUAAAACCUCAUUUCCAGGAUAUCAUAAGGGAUAUAGCACUUCCCAUCUUAAGCCACAGUGCGGACGAUGACGGAUUAUGGGUAGAAGAUCCUCAAGAAUACAUCCGGAGUAAAUACGAUGUUUUUGAGGACAAUUUCUCUAUCGCAAAUACGGUAGCAUCCAUGCUAACAGCGGCAUGCGGGAAACGUGGAGGUAUACUAGAUAGCCUAAUGGCUUUCUGCUAUAAUAUUUUGGUAACACCUGCGGACCAGCGCGAUCCUAAAAAAACAGAUGGUGCUCUACAUAUGAUCGGUUGUCUUGCGGAUAUUUUAUUGAAGAAACCUAAUUAUAAAGCACAACUGGAAGAUAUGAUUGUUCUACACGUUCUUCCGGAAAUUCAAAGUGGAUUCGGUUAUCUAAGAGCUCGGGCGUGUUGGCUCUUGAAAGAAGUCAGUGAAUUAAAAUUUCGAAACAGGAAUAAUCUUUCUUGUGAAAUAGAAUUAAUACUAAAAUGUAUUACCGCCGACCCUGACUUACCUGUUAAAGUUGAAGCCGCUGUAACACUACAGCAUUUAAUACGAUUUCAAGGAAAUGCAAUAUCACCAUUUUUGGAACCACAUAUUAAGCUUAUAAUUAUCGAACUUGUAAAAAUUUUACGAGAGACAGAAAUAGAAGAACUGUCUGGUGUCAUCGAAAGUGUUAUCAGUACUUUUAGUUCCCAUGUUAUUGUCGUGGCUGUGGAAAUUACCGAAAGUUUGGUUGGCACACUGAUGCACCUUGUUGAAUCGGAAGAUAUAGAAAAUAGCAGCAGAGCCCUUAUGGCAAUGAGUGUUAUCACUACCAUAGAAACAAUUGCAGAAGUUAUGGAAGAACACGUUGAAAUUAUGAGUCAGAUUGAAAAGAUCAUUAUGAGAGUGGUUGUUUAUUUUUUGGAAAACUCUUUAUUUGAAUUAUAUGAGGAAGUUCUUUCCUUGGUAUUUUCAUGUACUCAUAAAAGAAUUUCACCAGACAUGUGGAAUGUAUACUUCGUAAUUUACGAAGCUUUUAAACGAGACGCUUUCGAUUAUUUUACAGAUAUUGUUCCGUGUCUCCAUAAUUUCAUCACAGUUGAUACUGAAGCCUUUUUAUCUGAACAAAGACGUUUGGAAGUACUAUUUGAUAUAUGUAAAACGGUUCAGAUAGAUCAAUCAUAUGAGGAGAUGUACACCUACGCUGCCAAACUUUUGGAGUUGACUAUUUUGCAAUGUCCUGGUCGCAUCGAUAAUUACUUCCCACAUUUUAUACAAAUUUGUUUAGAAAGGCUUAAUAAACAGUUAAAACUAACCGAGAGUAGGACCAUGUGCUUGCAAGUGGUCGUCGCUUGCUUGUAUAGGAAUGUAGAUUUAACGUUACACAUCCUGGAGACACUUAAAUUGUCGUCAGCGAAUCCACCACUAACUCAGGGAUUCAUGAAGCAGUGGAUUUAUGAUAUGGACUCUUUCUUAGGUUUACAUGACCGAAAAGUAUGUGUUUUGGGUCUAACAACAAUCUUGAGUUUACCAAAAGAAAAACGACCGGCUGCGAUAACAUUCUUUAACUCGCAGUACAUGCGAUCUUUAAUAAUGCUUUUCCAAGGACUUGAAAGAGCGUAUGCAAGUCGUGCAGCUGAUGAUAGCGAUAGCGAAGAAGAGAGCGUAGAGGACAGCGAUCAGGGUAUACUCGAGUUAGCGAGCGAUGAAGACGAAUAUGACGAAAAAACGAUAUCUAACUUAGCCAAAAAGGGUGCUGCUGCCUUGGGUAGUUAUGAUGAUAUUAAUGAAGCAACAGAAGAAACACAGUUAGAAGCGUAUACGACCAUAAUUGAUGAUGAAGACAGUGUCGAUGAAUAUUGGGCAUUUAAGGACUUAUUAGCCAAUAUUUCCACGGUGGAACCGGAAUGGUACGAAUCACUGAUGCGUCCUUUGGAUCCAACUCAACAAAAGUAUUUUGAAAGUAUCCUAGUUUUGGCUGAGCAGAGAAGAGCCGCCCAAGUUUCGAGGCGUAUAAAAGAACAAGGUGGCUAUAGCUUUGGGGCUCCAUCGAUUCCUACGGAAUUCAGAUUUGGUUAA